CUCGAUAACUCGAAGACUGGAGUCAUUCUGGUUUCGUUUGGAAGCAUACUGAUAAUCGAAUUUUCUUCGCUGACCUCUGCGUUGAAUCAGCUUCCCUAUGACGUGAUAUUCAAACUAGACAGAAACUCACUAGAAGGCAAUGUGAAGAUUCUAGACUGGUUGCCACAAAACGACGUCCUCGCCCAUUCAAACAUUCGACUGUUUGUGUCUCACUGUGGUAAAAAUUGAUUUUUCGAAUCCUUAUACCAUUCGGUUCCCAUCAUAUGCACACCUUUGAACGCAGACACCUUUCAAACGGCCAUUAAAGUCAAACACCACAGAAUCGGGACAACUAUGGAUAUUCUAACUGCAACAUCAGAGGAAAUGGUUCAAACCUUAAAAUCCGUGUUGAACGACUCGUCCAUUUCUUCCAAUAUGCGGCGGAUGUAUCAGCUUUUCAGGGACAGACCUGAAACAGGGGCGGAGAGAGGGGCGAGCGCCAUAGAGCACGUGAUGAAAUAUGGGGACAAACAUCUCAAGCCGCCCACCAACAGAUUAAACUAUUUUCAGUACACACUCGGUGAACUCUGGUUUGUGAUUUUCUCUUUCACCUUGCUGGUAAUCUAUGGAGUGUUGGCGCUGUUUAGAUGCAUCUGCUGUAGAAAGUCUUUUGUGUCUGUGUCAGUUACUGAACAAUCCAACUGA